UGGUGAUCACCACACCGCGGUCAAGUUGGCCUUCAACCACUACGCGCCGCCAGCCCACCACCAGACCACCACCAACAGCAUCAACAACAACGUGCCAUUGCUCCUCAUUCACGGCUUGUAUGGAUCAAAGCGGAACUGGGCGUCCAUUGGAAAGGCCCUCGCGCACGAUCCGACAGCACCGCGACAUGUGUUCACGCUCGACCUGCGCAACCACGGCGAAAGUCCUCAUUCAGACACAAUGAGCUACUCUGCAAUGGUAUCCGACGUGCUUCGGUUCAUGGACGAUCGCGGCGUGUCGCAGCCGCCAGUCAUGCUCGGCCACAGCAUGGGUGGAAAGGUCGUCAUGACUCUCGCAAUGGAGCAUCCCGAUCGGAUUGCAGCACCCAUUAUCGCAGACAUGGCGCCGUUCGAUUUCUUGGCGCUGCCCGAAGUUUCAGAGCUGCGAGCAAUCGUUGCCGCCAUGCAGAAAGUGGAUUUGGCUCAAGCGACAUCUCCGAGCGAGGUGGAGGAUCAGCUGAAGCCAACAAUUCCUAACACUGCCGUCCGCAAGUUCAUAAUGACCAAUCUGGCUCCAACGCACUCGGAGCAUGGCCCCCGCUUCCGGUGGCUCGCCAACAUCGAUGUGAUUGCGCGAGAUUUCCCACAGUUGGCUGCCUUCCCGCAUGCGCCUGGACUCAUAUACGACGGACGCGCGUACUUCCUCGCCGGCUCAAAAGCGCGCUACGUGACCUUGCCCGCUGCAAUCGAUGCCAUCCACGAUCUCUUUCCCAAUAACACCAUUGAAUAUCUGGACGCCGGCCACUGGCUGCACGCCGAAGCCACCACGGCCUUUCUGGCCAAAGUGCGCGGGUAUCUGAGCGCGGUCGAUGCUCGCGAAAAGUCAACCCUAUCGUUUUGA